UCUCGCUUUCUCGCUGAGUUUUGGCUCGUAUUUUCUUUCUAGUUUUUUUCUGUGUACUCGUACUUGUAAACUUGUUCAGUAGAAAGAUCUCUUCCUUCGAAUCCUUUGUGAUUGAACUUGAAUGUCCUUUUUGAGGUUCCUGAUUCGAAGCAGCUCGUGUCGAUGAGAAACUGCGUGUAGUCUGCGCGAGUGGCGAAGACUACCAUCCGAUCUCAUACUGACAGCAUACUGCACAUGAAAAUCGUAGCUCAACGGAAUCAUCCAUCUUGAUCCCUGAUUACUCACUCCAAAGUCAUUAAUCCUUAUCACUUACCAUGUCCGAUCAUUCCCCAGUCCCUUCACCCCCGCCCCACCCUCCCCGCACGCCCCUAACCCCCCUGGAAGCACAGCAGCGCCUGGACCAACUGGCUCCCGCCGAGCUCGACGCCAUCGCUUGCCUGUCUUCCUCCCUGCAUCUCCCCGCCUGCACCGCCGCCAGCGUCUUCCCCUUCGCUUUCUCCCACACCCGCCUGCCCCCGAACCCCCGAUUACCACCACCACCGCCUCCCGUACCGAGGAACCCCGCAUCAGUCUCCAAGCGCCCCUCACCUCGGCCGACGCCGUUCUCCGUUCCACCGAAGCGGAUUUCGAGCCGCAGGAGGAGCAGCGCGAUGAAGCGGAUCUCUUCAGUCCAUCCUCCCCCACCGAACCGCAGAUGGGGUCCCCGCCCUACGUAUCGGAGGAGCCGUCCCCAGAGGGCGGGGUGCCGGAGGGGGAGAUGGAGAUGAAACGAGAAUCCGCGGAGGGGGAACUGUCGGAGAUGCUGCAACGGGAUGUCGAGAUGGAGGAGUUGGAAGACGCCUCGAUGGGGGAUGUGAGUGGGGGCGGGGGUGGGGAGAUGGUGCAGCUGCAGGAUAUCGUGUCGUCCGUGAUGAUUGUGGAGAGUGUCCGUAAUGAGACGCGCGUGAAGAUGGAGGACUUGGAUGACAGCUUCUCACAAUCAGCAGACGUCUCCUCGAAUUCGCUGGGACCAUAUCAACAUGAGUUUGAUAUGGCGGUUGCAGGUUUGACCGAUACAUCCUUCGGUUCACUGAACAGCAUCAAGAGCGAUCCGGGGCCAUCGGUCUAUACUCCGCCGCCACCACCACCACAGCAACCUCCCUCACCUAUCAAGCACGCCGAGCAACCGCCUGCAGGUUCUCUGCAACCGGAAGAGCCAGAUUUCUACCAAAAACUGGAAGAGCCUGCUCCAGUUAUUAUCCCUAAACUGGAAGAAUCACCUGCUAACCCGGAACCAGAAGAGCACACGCGGCAGGCCAUCAGCAGUUCUGUGCGGCCAACGAGUCGCACACAACGGACGCAGCAGACACAUGUUAUUUCCAUCGUAGCAGGAUCGGAAGCCAACAAAAUUUACCGCAUCAAAGUGACCCGGAGUACACCCGUCGUCGAGCUCCCCGUCGUUGAGCCGCCCUCCAUUUCCCCCCUCGGGCCACCCCCGUCCGACUUCCCCCUGGAUCUCAACAUGGCCAUGGACGUGGCGGAAGUGGAGACCGAGCUCCCGACGGUGUCCCACACCGCGCUGGAGGAGAUCGACACCCUCGGCAUCCCCUCGCUGUCCACCCAGUCCAGCCUGGUGGCCCCUUCGGCUUCCUCGCAGCCCCUGGAACCCGACAACGUCUCCCUGUCCUCCUCCAUCUGGACCCUGGACACCGAGGGGCAGGGCAAGAAAGCGGAGCCCGUGGAGGAGCGCAACGCCACGCCCCUUACGGCGUCCGUCUGGGGCGCGUAUCUGACCGAGCGGGUCAAGCGCUUCAGCGGGCGUCCGUGGACGGUGGAUUUGGCCGUGGAUCACCGGUUUGGCGAGGCGUCGGCCGCGGCGGAGAGCGGGAAGAAGGGAUGGUUGAGCAGCGGGGUCAAGGUGUUGUUUGGACGCGGAGAGGAGAUGGCGUCGUUGAACAGUGACGAGCUGGGCGAAGGAGAGUUUGUGGACGUCGUAUCGGACAGCGCACUACCGGAAUCCGUUGCAGCCGACGAGAAGGAGGGCGCCGGCGAGGAGCGGGAGAAACUGUGUCCUUAUGAUUACCGCAAAGCCAAACGCGCCAUGCUGCAGAUGGAGCAGCAUCUAACCCGCAGUAGGCCCGACGCGGAAAAUGCCCACGGGGGCAAGGGGAAGGGCGGCGCUAGGAUGAUGGAUAUGGAGGAUCCCCUGGCCAAGACCUAUCAGAGGCGAAGUUCAUGGACGGCCAGGCAGAAAGUGUUCUUCGAUGCCUGCAUACGGAUUCUGUAUCAGGAGCGACAUGUUCGUUUGGCCUACGCUUCGGACCCGGAAGAAGCCAUUCUGCGCCGGCUGAGUCUGGACAAAUGCUCCGGACGGUUCCGGCGCCUGAUGGCCGGCACGCAGUGGAACGGACGCAUGGUGUACUGGCUGCACUCCGUCAUCAUCGAGAAUCUCCCGCCGCCCAUGCUGGCCAUCUACUUCGAGAUCCUCCAGACGCUCCGCCCCAAGAUUGCCGAGCUGGUCAACAGUCUGCUCAACUACAUGCUGCCGAUGAGCACGGAUGUGGGCGGUGGCACUGAGAAACUGAUGAAGUUACUGGAGGAACCCUGGGAUCCCGUGGGCAGUCGGAUAUUCAGCUUUAGUCCGAUGGUGAAAUUUGCCAAGGAGGUGGUGUUCAUCAUGGCGCCGCACCCUUAUUCCUACUCGAAAGCCAAAGGCGGUCUGGAGGAGAAGGAGGCGGACUGCGCACGCAGUCGCGUCUUCCUGCGCUUCUUCAGCCAGUUCGGCCUGCUGGUGCAGGUGGCGCCGGACGCCCAUCCCCGCACCUGCACUCCCAAUGAUCUCUACAAGAACUGGAUGACCAACACCAAAACCACGAUUCUCGAGAUGGCGCGACUGCACAGCGACAAAGCGCUGAUCCUAGUCGGGAUGGGGGUGGGCGCGCUGCUGGCCUGUCAGGCCACACUGCUGGAGGGUUGCCAGUCGCUGUGUACGGCCAUCAUCUGUCUGGGAUUCCCCAUCAAGACGCCGCGCGGAAUUCACGGACGUUAUGGCAGUCCACUGUUGAAGCUGCAGACGGCCGUGCAGUUCGUUAUCGGUCUGGCCGGACGCAACUGUCCCUUGGAGGAGUUUGUGGAGUUCCGCAGUAAACUGGAGGUGGACAGUGAGGUGGUGCUGGCCACAGGCUGCGACGACUAUCUGCGCAUGAAGCACUACGUCAAGUCGCGGCUGCGCAUCACGCAGAGUAUGGCCGAUCGCUGUCUGCUGGAGGAAUGUGUGCAUUUUAUCUACCGGAUUAUUCCCAAGGCUGAACGCCUGCGGCAGGUGGCCAAGGCCCGGGCGGAGCUGCCCGUGGUGGAGGUGUCGCCCAAGAAGCGCAAGAAGCCCGCCACCUCCCGCCCCGCCGCGAAACGCGUCAAACCCAACGUCCAUGCGGACACACCCACGAAAAACAGCCAUAAAGUGGAAACGCCGUCGCUGAGCACGGAGAGCCCCUCCGGCGGCUCCUCGGCCUCCCAGUCCCAGGACUCUACCUCCGGGAUCCCCACGCCCUGGCCUGCCGCCACCCCGCCCCCGAACCCCACCCCGCCACCCCCCCGUGGCCCCACUGCUGCCCCUGCCAAGCCUCCCCGCCCUGCCCUCCAUCAGCACCCUCAGCGGGGGCUCCUCCGUCGCCUCCGACAGCCUGCGCAGUUUGGGUUUUAGCGGCGGGGAGCCGCUGGGCGUCCGCGUGCCGCCGCCGCUGCUGGCGGGCGCCGUGCAGUCUACCUGGAACCUGUCGGCCACGGAGAUCGCACAGAUCGGGCUGCGGAUGCCCGGGGGCGCCGGGGCUGGGGGAGGCGGAGCUUGGACGGGGUUGGAGCAGCGCAUGUCGGUAAUUGCGCACACUGGGGCGCGUGCCCCUGCGCCAACCGCCCCCGGGGUAUGGGCGCCCGGGAGGAUGAUGCCGACGCCGCCCGGCAACUGAAAGUUUGUGUUCUGUCGGGGAAAACUUGUGGAAUAGUGGCAUUUUUGCAUUUGGCGGAAUAGCCGGAAUGAUUUGUUAUUUUAAUCUGAAUUGUUUUUUAUGGGUUUUUGUUGCAAUUUUUUUAGCUGGUUACGGGGAAAACACUCACAGGAGUGCAUUAAGUAAUGGGCACAUUAAA